GGGUAACGUGGUCAUACUUAUAAGUUAAGAGCAUCUACAACCUCCAUAGACUGAGCGCAGUAACUUACCUUUGAGAGGAGCGCACCAACCAAUCUUAUCUCCGUGCUUAAUCUAAUCACUGGCGUUUAACAUACUAUAUUGUUUACGUAAGCAUAAUAUCCGCUGUUGCUGGGCUGUCCUUGCUUGACGCAAAGCCGCCGAGUGUGGGGAUCUUGCUCUGUGUUGUUUCUAUUCAAACAUAAUACCCUCUUCAAUUCCGACGCUCCUUUACUUUAUUCACUGUUCUCCGAAAGUUCUAGCUAACGACACUCACGAUUGACUGUGAAUUUUACCCCGUUGUAUCAUGGCACAACCCGUAUUCGAGGAUCACCCGCUAGAAGAGUAUUUCAGACAGACUGGUGAAGUUGAUGAAGACAUGCCAGGAGGCACAACCGAAUUCCUUGUGGAGGAGGAACCUCCGUCUUGUCUAAAACCAAACUCGCUUGCGCACAAUUCUAGUUGACUAGCUUGCAUAACGCAUAUGGCGAUCAUUGGCGGGACCCGCUGAGGGCCGCGACCGACGUCCUGCCGGAUAAGUAGUUUCCAUGUUACAGUGUUAUUGUCCGCAGUGAUGCCAUAGCUUGCAUUCUCCAUGAAUAUCUGCCUUGAAGUAUCGGCUUGCUGAUGAGCUAUUCCAGACCUUCAACACGCUGCUCUCCUGCUCAACCUUCAGUUCCCACGAGAACGCAUUCGCAGAACGUUUCAAAUAUGAUGUUAUUUCUUCUUCACUUCUAUCUGCUUCCAUAGCAGCAGCGCCUUCGAGCGCAACGCGUCGCAGCUUCACUCCCGAUAUUCCCGGUCGGCUUUCUUACACAGACAUCAGCGACCAUUCUCGCAACUCGAGCAUAACCGAAAGCAGCAAGCAAACAUCUUCAGAUCUCAGCAGCUAUUCAUGGUCGUCUGGCAUUGCCUCAAUGGCCGUUCUCGCGCUAUCAGUUGAGUACUACUUCCUCGCGUUAUUCUUAGGAGGCCUUGCGUUCUACAUGGCCCAAACUGCUCGAUCACAAGCAAGUCGAGCGGACGGUAUCAACCAGACAAUGGAUGCUCUGAACGAAGUUAUAUCAGCUGGAAACGUCUGGGAUUCUGCCGUCAACGAAGCGAUGAGCAUCGUGGAGGCAGACGAGCGAAGACCAUCAAUCUAUGGAGUGCAGUCUCCGUUUUCAAGUCUCCGGAUUGCACUCCAAUCCUCCCUUCUCACGACGCAAAACCAGUGUGACAAUGUCCGCCAACUACUUUCCGCGCUCACUACUCCUUCCCAGCUUGCGCAACUCUCAGAGAUGUAUGCACCAGCAUCACCCAUACGACCGUCAUUCCUUCCUCUGGACGGGCAGCUAUCCCGCCCGCUGUCAGAUCCUGUUUCCAUUUGGCGGAAACGCACGUCAUCAUUGCCCGCCGAAGCGACAAGCAACAAGCGUGCGACUUGGAACGGCUCAUAUGUCUCCUUGGCGCAGGCCAGCAGUAUCGCAGCAACCCCUAAGCGAAAGGAGAAACGUCGGUCCGACAUGUCGGCAUUGUUUAGUCCUAUGCUGGGCAGCAGAUUGUCAAGCAUAAGCGCGCCUGCUAGUCCACAAGCACAGAAGAAGCUGGCCGACGUGAAGGAAGAGGUGGAUGAUGACAACGAGGAGUUUGAGGAUGCUUCGCCUCACUUGCCUGAGCUCAAGGAUACCGAGUGCUUUGGCGUGGCUGCAUUGGACUUGCAUCGGAAACGCAAGAGCGCUGGCUUAGAAACGUUGCUGACUCCACCUCCGAGUUACACUACCCAAGCACCUCAACUAGCUACCCGACCUACACGCUCUAGGGGGAAGUUGUCGUUAUCAUCCCCGACACGAUUUACGCUUCCUCAUACUAGCCGACAUCCUCUUUCAGUUUCGGCACUCCGACUCGCGCUGCAGGGCGCACUAGCCGCAAAGCGAUAUGCAUGUUCCCAUCUCCUUGCUCUUCGCUUUGAAGAGGAAGAAGAAGAUUCGUACUGGGAAGAUGUCCGGAGUCUUAUGGCCCUCUUGACAAGCACAUUCUCAGAUGCUUCUUCGAGACUUAUGGAAGCCCUAGACGAAGCCGAGAAGCAACGAAUCAAGGAUGAAAGGCCUACUGCGGAGUCUUCGAGGGAAGCUUCCCCCGAGCUCGAGGAAAGACCUGCGCCCAAACCCCUCCGAACGAUGGCUGAAAUGCACUCUUUCGCGCCUAUGCCGAGUCAUUUGACACGCUUUGCAGCACACGUUGAUGCUAUCUCUUCUGCGUUGAAUGACGCAAGGUCACAUUUGGAAGAAUGCGUCGCGUCACUCAGGGAGAGUCAAGAACCAGAAGCUUCCAUGACUUCACCCGAGGAGUCUGUUACCGUGCAAGCUUAUGACAGACUACGAAAGGAGAUAGGCUUCGCCUUACGAGAGUGUGAACGAGGCAGAGAACGUCUGCUUGACAUCGUUUCCCCAGCUUCCAAUCCUGAUCAGCAAAAUGACGACUCAGACCCUCCCGUCCCGUCUACUCCUCCACUUGUUCAUACCGAUAGUAGUGAAGAACUAAGCUUCUCCGAUUCUUCACAACCCCCCGUAGUCCUCUCACAUGGUCUCGGUCUCGAAGGCGUUUCUCAACCUCUGGAUGAUGUCACUGAACACCUUUUGCUGUCCACGUCUUCAAGACACCUGCCACCUCCUGGUGUUGAACAAGUGUUUGAAGCCGAGUCUGGUCAAGUUGGAAUUUUCACUCGUGAGCGAUCGAGACUUUCGCGAGAAGACAGGAUACGAAUGGCAAAAGCCAAACGGGAUAGUGGUAAUGCUCUCGUUGGUUCAGGUAGUCGUUCAAGCCUGGACGGCCUUGGUUCCGAAGAGCAGAGACCGCUGGAAAAGUGGGGUCCUGGUGGCGAAGUCGUUCAGGAGUUGAAAGAUGUGAUCUGGAAAGUGGGUGAGAAGAGGCGAAAGAUGAUCGAACAGUUCCCAUCUGUUCAUCAAGCUGCCAGCAGUCCGAGGUUUCUUGAUUCCCCGAGAACGAGUUCUAGGGAGUUUCCUCUUGUGGUGAAUGAUCACAGUCGGACAGAUGUUGUCGAGAUGUCUUCAUGAUAGUUUCGUUUCCCUUCCUUAUGUCAUAUGUCGCAUUUAUGUUUAUAGUCAACUAUCCUUGGUUUUGGAUUCUUGUUGUUUCUGAUAUAAUACUCUACAACCUUGCCUAUUGGUGAUAGUAGCAUCCUCCUUCACAUCGCUAUGCACUGGAUUCUGUUUAAUUAUGUGAUUGUGUUUUUGAGAUGUGGUGCGACUUCUGUAACCCAACGAUUAUACCCUAGAUACCUUAGUCGACAUGACAAGGAGUACUGGGAAUGAGGAACCAAACAAUAAUCAUGAACCCCAUGAGGGACACAACACUGGUUAGCUC